UUCUUACUUGUGUGUGUGUGUGUUGUCGGUUUUGCUUGGAAAGACAUGAGUCGGAGUGUGUUGAGAAGUGCAGGUAUCCGGCGGAGCCAGCCAGCCUAGACCCGCAGGAUCCGUUAGUCGCACAGGGAUUGUAACAAUCUGGAAAUGUCAGCAGCCAUGGAUGCGAGGAGAAACUCGGAGGUGAGUGGACAGUUUGCGGAUGGUCAUGACUGCCAACAAGAGUUCGAAGCCUGCAGCCCGUGCAGGAGGGGGUAGAGCUCCACGGGAAGUUCCUGACAGGUGUCAGUCCACAUCGCCGUGCCCAGCGGUCUCUGGCGGCCAGGGGCAGAGCCAGCAGCCCCUCCUCAGCGACAGCAGGUACUUUGAUAAACAGAACAAGUACGCCAGGACUGACGGCAGAUUCCUGCUACAUGCUGAAUGGAGCAAGGCGGCUAGCUUGCGCGGCGGUGGGUCCCUCACAGGUGAGCCCGACCCCCAGGGCCGUCUCACCAAGUCAAAGAGCAUCAGCUGUCUGAGCAACAAGCUCUCCAUCUAUAAGCCCCCCAGCUCAAAUCAAAAGGGGCAGGGUGUCCAGGAGCAGAAGGAGAACCAGAGGGAUCUCCCCGCAGCGGAAGGACUUAAUGGGAGGCCUUUGAGCUGGAGCACUCUCUCUCUGGGACCUUCGUCUAACCAAGGCCACAAGCGUACGCUCUCUCUCACCCGCUCGGGAGCAGGCGUACCCCCCACCACAAUCCGCAAAAAGAUCUCAGAAUGGGAGUGCAGAAGAGUGUCUCUGCCUAGGAUGAGCUUGUGUCUGGAUAAAAGAGGAGGGGAGUGUGUGGGGGGUAGUGAGGGGUGUCCAAGUCUGCUCCCUUCUCCCUGCAGUGAGAAGACUUUUGACUUUAAGGGAGCCCGCAGGAUGAGCACAGCCUUCUCCGAAUGCUCCUUCACGGGGACAGAGGAAGAGGAAGGAUUUUCAGACAAAGAUGGUCUUGGCCAUUUCCAGAAAAGGAAAGGCAAGACGGAAACCUCAGGAGUGUUUUUACGUCCCCUGUCUGGUCGUAGAGAGACGUCAGCAGUGCUGAACAGGAUACAGAAGAUAGAGCAAGCUCUGAAGGAGAAUCCCACCCCUCCGCCAUGUCUGAGUGGCUACUACCCCACAGACAAGACAAGACAGAAGUCUUUUAUGAUGGGCGAUGACUUGGACAGUGCAUGCCCCAGCAAGCGUAGCAGUAUUUGCUCAGUUGCCACUGAACCAGAUACAGUUUUAGUGUCUGAUAAGCUCUCUAAACUCAGACAAAGGUUUAGUGUGAGUUCUGGCAGGUCUGAGAGCCCCGAACCACAGAGCCACCCAACAUCCGUUGGCACACCAGUUAACCCUUUACCCAAGCCCAAACGGACUUUUGAAUAUGAUGCGAAACGGGACCAGAGGGGCAGUUUGCCAUCCAAUGGACUACCUCCAGACAGAGCCUCUCCCCCACCUCUGCCCUCCACCCCUGCACCCAGCAUGCCACGAACAGUAAAGAGUGAGGGCAGCGCCCGCGUGAGAAUCCAGGACAGGGAGUCGUGUGAAUCGGAGGAUGCUGCCAGCUUGCCGUCUUCGUAUCCGUCCUCGCCCACAGAAAAUGGCGCACUGACCACAGAAGCGCGGACUCGACCCAAUUCCAAAAGCACUUUAGAGGAGAACGCCUAUGAGGACAUAGUAGAGAAGGAGAACCCAUAUGAGGACGUUGACCUGAAACGGAGAGGUUUGGCCAGGAAUCCUCGUCUGUCGGAGAGCAGCCGAUCUUGGUCUGUUAUGGACAGGAAGCUGAACUCUCCACCCCAGCUUCCUUCCAAACCCAGUAGCCAGUCUCUCCGCCUCCAUGGUCCGAGCGACAGGAAGAGCCACCGGCUCUCACAGCUUUCCAAGGGUUCCAUGGAUGAAAUGCUGCUCAUUCCCUCGAUCGGCAUCUCAGCAUCACCUUGUGGCCUGCUGGAUGACAGCCUCUCUAGCACCAGUGAUACCCUGCCCGCACACAGGCACUGGAGGAUCCCCAAGCUGGUCCAAAGAAUCAACUCCAUUUACUGCACUAAACGUGGGAAGAAGAGGCUAAAGAAGCUGUCUAUGUCCAAUGUUGAAACAGCAUCUCUUAGAGAUGAUAACAGUGAGAGUGAGAGUGACUCUGAUGACAGAUUCAAAGCUCACACUCAGAGGUUAUUGAAACUGCAGUCCAUCCUUCGACGAGCCCCAAGUUACCGUACACUGGAGCUGCAGCUCAUUGAGUGGCAGGAAAGAGAGCUCUUUGAGUACUUUGUGGUGGUUUCUAUGAAAAAGAAACCAAACAAGAAUUCCUACUCCCCUGAGGUCACCUACCAGUUUCCAAAGUUGGAGAGACUCACCAAGCAGAUGAGGGAGGCAGAGCAGAGACUUAAAGCUAUUCCUCAGUUCUGUUUCCCAGAUGCAAAAGACUGGAGUCCUGUUACCGAGUACAACAGUGAGACCUUCUCCUUCAUGUUGACCGGAGAGGACGGCAGCAGGAGGUUUGGGUACUGCAGACGCCUGCUGCCGACUGGGAAAGGGCCUCGCCUUCCCGAGGUGUACUGUGUCAUCAGCAGGCUGGGCUGUUUUGACUUGUUCUCCACAAUCCUGGAUGAAGUAGAGAGACGGAGAGGAGUGUCAGCAGCGCUGGUAUAUCCCUUCAUGAGGAGUCUGAUGGAGUCUCCCUUCCCUGCUCCAGGGAAGAUCAUCAAAGUAAAGACCUUCCUGCCUGGCGCGGGGAAUGAGGUCAUCGAGCUGAGGCGGCCCGCUGACUCCAGACUGGAGCAUGUUGAUUUUGACAGUUUGUUCAAAUGCCUCAGCGUGCGACAGGUGGUACGAGUCUUUGCCUCACUGCUGCUGGAGCGCCGAGUCAUCUUUGUGGCUGAUAAGCUCAGUACCCUGUCCAGCUGCAUUCAUGCAGUGGUGGCGCUGCUCUACCCCUUCUCCUGGCAACACACCUUCAUUCCCGUGCUGCCAGGCUCCAUGCUGGAUAUCGUCUGCUGUCCCACACCCUUCCUGGUGGGGCUGCUGUCCAGCUCACUGCCUAAACUUAAAGAGCUGCCUGUGGAGGAGGCUUUAAUGGUUGACCUGGGAACUGAUCGUUUCAUCCGACAGAUGGAUGACGAGGCCUCGCUGUUGCCGCGGAAACUUCAAGCAGCCCUUGAGCAAGCGCUGGAGCAAAGGCAUGACAUCAUAAACCAGGACUCUGACAGCGAGUCAGACGAGGAGUAUAACUCAUUAAACAGCCUGGUGUCGGAGGCCUUCAUCCGCUUCUUCCUGGAGACUAUUGGACAUUACUCUCUGUUCAUCACUCAGAACGAGCGCGGAGAGCGCGUUUUCCAAAGAGAGCCCUUCCGCAAGUCUGUGGCAUCGAAGAGCAUCCGUCGUUUCCUGGGUGUCUUCAUGGAGUCUCAGAUGUUUGCGGGGUUCAUUCAAGAUCGGGAGCUGAGGAAAACACGGAUUAAAGGGCUGUUUGAACGAAGGGUGGAUCAGUAUCUGGAGGAGCUGCCAGACACAGAGCAGAGUGGCGUUAACAAGUUCCUCAAAGGCCUUGGAAGUAAAAUGAAGUUUCUCCACAAAAAGAACUGAGGGGGGAAACGGAGGAUCCACGAGUCUCUGCUUCGUGUAGUUUUUUUUGUGCCUUUUCUUGAAUAAAAAUGUGUAAAUAUUUCUUCACUGUAAGCUGUGAUACUCUUCAGUGUAUGUUUAGAGUACCUUAUGAGACAGUGAUGAGCAGGACGGUACACAGCAAGUGAGUCAUAGAAUAACCACUGAUGUUCAGGUGUGACUGUGAGAAGUUUUAUCAGAGUACGUGUGUGUGCGUGACCCGUCAUGAACGUAGAUGUACAGUUUAUGUAUUUUGAGUCUGCAUUACUUUCCUAUAAUGUUGUCCUCUGUUUAAGGAGUGUAUUCAAAAACUGUACAUGCAUCAAGAUAAUGAAGAAUGACUGUUUUUACUCUUCAUAGACUCUUGAAUCUCUUAUUAAAUGUAGCCAUUUAAGUGCUUUAAAUGUCCAA